UGGAUCUGUGUAUACUGGAUGUAAGAAGUGUGGAGUUCUCUUACGGCCUUCUUGCAGCUUCUGCACUCUUCCACUUCUCUUCUCUAGAGCUAGUGAUGAAAGUUUCAGGGCUGAAGUGGUGUGACAUGGAGGAGUGUGUGAGAUGGAUGGUCCCUUUCGCCAUGUCAAUCCAUGAAGCAGGCAGCUCAGCCCUCAAGACAUUCAAAGGAAUAGCAGUGGAUGAUAUGCACAAUAUCCAGACCCACGUGCCUUACAUGGAAUGGCUGGGAAAGGUGCACUCCUAUCAGCUAGUGGACAUUGAGAGCAGUCAGAGGUCUCCUGUUCCCUCUGGAGUGCUCACACCACCACCCAGCAGUGAAAAGCCCGAGAGCACAGUCUCCUGACUUCAUUAUGUAUGGAAUAGGACACAGCCCUGACAGAUGAGUUUAAAUGAAAAUCAACAAAUCAACGGCAUUACAGGACAAACGCAAGCAUCAGCUCACAUGCAUCAGCAUAAGACUCAAGACCAAAAAUGUCUUAUGCUUCAUUUUUUUCCCCCACUUAAUGUAUACUACCUGCCAAAAUCUCAGAGCUGUUGCUGUCUCUGAUUGCUGCUAAAAUAGGGUGGGACUGGAGCAGAUGGAAAGAUGACCACAGAGAUCCCCACACAAAUAUGGGCAUGGGUUUCUGGGGCUCAGGUUGCCAUUUGGACCAGCAAAAUCCUGACAGGUUGUCAUGGGGAUGCGAGUCUCCACUGCCAGAAAGGACCAGAGAAAUCACCAGCUUCAGAAGCUAGGACUCGAAUUUUAUAUUUAAGAUUUUCCACUGGUCGCCUCCUAUGUGUUUGUAACCAAAUUUGAUAAUUCGCUUUUUAUAGGUUUGUUU